CCUCGGGCGGCCCCGGCGGCCCCGGCGCGGAGGGGGAGACGGGUCCCAAGAUGGCGGCGCUGCAGGCGGAGCGCGGGUACGGGCUGUCCUGCGGCCGCCUCGGCCGCGGCACCCGCGUCUCCGUCUUCCACGUCAAGCUCACUGAGAGCGCCCUGCGCGCCUUCGAGAGCUACCAGGCCUGCAAGGAUGCUGUGACAUCGAAGCCCGUAAUCCAGUUUCAAGGAAGCCAAGGGCACAUCGCAAUUCCAAGGCCUGAUCGACCCACGGAAGUGCGGACUUUCACAUUUUACCUUUCCAAUAUUGGCAAGGACAGCCCCCAAGGGAGUUUUGACUGCAUCCAGCAGUAUGUAUCUAGCAAUGGCAACAUCCACCUGGAUUGCUUGGGAAGCAUACAGGAUAAGAUCACGGUGUGUGCUACUGAUGAUUCCUACCAGAAGGCAAGGCAAAGCAUGGCGCAGGCGGAGGAGGAGACUCGUAGCCGAAGCGCUAUAGUCAUUAAACCUGGUGGGAGAUAUGUAGGCAAAAAGGUACAGGUGCGCAAACCUGCACCAGGAGCUUCUGAUGCCGUUCCCUCCAGGAAGCGCCCAACGCCCGUCAACCUUGCCAGUGCAAUAAAGAGAGGCAAUAGUGCGAUUUCUCAGAGACCCUUCAAAGACAGGGUUGUGCACUUACUGGCACUAAAGCCUUAUAAGAAACCCGAACUUAUUCUCAGAUUGCAGAAGGAUGGACUUUCUCAGCAGGACAAGGAUUUGCUGGACAACCUUCUGCAACAGGUUGCGAAUUUGAGUGCCAAGGACAGCACUUUCACGCUGAAAGACUGUGUCUACAAAGAAGUGCAGAAGGACUGGCCUGGCUACUCUGAAGGAGAUCAGCAGUUGCUGAAAAGGAUACUUGUUCGGAAACUCUGUCAGCCUCAGAACAGCAGUGGCUUUCAAGGAGAGGCGCCUUCCCUGAGUCCACCGAAAGACAACGUGAGCUCCUCUCCCCCUCAGAAACGAACCCAACCUCAGGAUUUCAUUGAUCCCCUGGCCAACAAAAAGCCCAGGAUCUCGCAUUUGGCUCACAGAGCUCAACCCACAUUCAACGGGAAGCUGAAUUCCUCCAAUGGGAAGGAUGCUCCUAUGCCUGCGCCUGCCCUGCCGCCGUCUCUCCCGGAGUCGGUGAGCUCCAGCUCCAGCCUCCCCGUGCUGGAGCUGCCGAGGCCUCACGAUCCACUUUCGGAUGUCAGCAAUGACCUGACGCACAACGGCAGAGACUGUGAGAACCCGGAGACAGCCGACAGACUGACUCAUCCGUUGCCCACAGACUGUCCCCAAACGAGCAAGCACAACUGCAGCUCGUACGUAAAAACCAAGAAGAAAUCCAAAAAGCACAAAGACAAGGAAAAGGAGAGAAAGGAGAAGAAAAACGAAGAGAAAUGCAAAGAGGAGAAGCAGGACUGUGAAGUAAUAAAAAAUGCUGACUUAGUUAGUGUUCCCCAGGAAGAGGUCACAGGUUUAAAUGGAACAUGCAAUAAUUCUAGUGUACCAACAUCAACUUCAGAAAUGCCAGAUUAUUUAUUAAAAUACGCAGCCAUUUCCUCCUCGGAGCAGCGUCAGAGUUACAAAAAUGACUUCAAUGCGGAAUACAACGAGUACAGAGACUUACAUGCUCGGAUAGAAAGGAUAACUCGCCGGUUUACGCAGUUAGAUGCCAAGCUGAAGCAGCUUUUGCAGGGCUCUGAAGAAUAUAAGACCAUCCAUGAUCAAAUUUUACAGGAGUAUCGGAAAAUUAAAAAGACUAACCCCAAUUACAGCCAAGAGAAGAACCGCUGCGAAUACCUCCACAACAAACUGGCUCACAUUAAAAAACUGAUAGCAGAGUAUGACCAACAGCAGUUUUAGCUGGCGCCGAGCGGGACUGGGUAGGGCAAAACAAAAAAGUCACCUGGACGUUACGUUCACUUUUAUACAACUCUAUUCCCUUCAGAGACGAGCGUUAAUUCCUCAUGGUUGAAGAACUUGGGGAUUCCUUACGAUGCCGAAUCUGUCAUGUCUGUGUCCGAGCCGGGUCGUGAGCGCAAUGCCUGGCACAGUCCUCUUUGAGUUUUAGCCUCUCUGAAUGUUGGAAUCUAACAAGUGAGAAAAAAAAAUCUGCUUAUUUUGAAGCCAGCGUUUGACACUUAAGGGAAAAAAAAAACUUGCCUAAAGUGAACGAAGCUCCCAAAGGUUAAGAAUCAAUAGUUUUCAUGGAUUAAAGUUUGGCAUGAAGUGUAAUUACCCCCGGCCCAGGUCUGCUGGGUUACACGUUGUCCUUCAAAUGGUGAGGAACUGGAAUGCUGCUAGGUUACCUCCUCCUCUGGCACCUGCGACUGUUCGUAUGCAAGCUGUCUGCUCCUCAUGGCACCGCGUUAAAUACACCACGUACCCAGAGCUCUCGUUGUUUGUUCCUGCUUUUCUCCUCUCCGGUGUGUGCUCUCUCGAGGCGGUUGUGUCGGUAGGAGGGGAGCAGCCCGGGGAUCCACGCUGAGUGCCUUGGGCAGUGCAGAAGUGGAUCCUCCAUGUGGAAAAAAAAAACCCACAAAACCACCCUUAGUUCUUUUUUCAAUCCGCUUGUGCGUUUGGAAGCAGCGGGCGUAAAGGUUUUGCAGUGGCCUCUCCAGCAGGCGCAACCCCGUCUGCCUGCGCUCACCUUCUCGUACCAGCGCGGGGAAGGUCGAGAGACCUGUCUGUCUUUGACUUUUAUAGUUUUAUACCAAGGCAGCCAGUUUUAUUAAUUGCUAACGAGACUAAGGUCUAUUUUUGUAUAAGAAAACAAAAAAAGAGCAUCUUUUUCUAAAACUGUGCCUCCCCUUUCCCUGUAGGCCAAGUGUUUGAGACCCCUCCCUGUCCUCUACCUGCAGUGUUAACUGGAGCCGAGCGGAUGGGCACUCAGAGAAGUUAUUUUAUUACCUGGCUGACCCAGGAGAGAGGAGGGGGGUUGGGGAUGCCGUGCUUUCUUCUUCUUCUAUUUUUUGUGUAGUUCCAAAGAAGCAGCAGCAGAAAAUCAGUCUCGGAGCAGGCGCCCGAGCGUGAGAGAAGCAAGGUAGCGUUUUCCCAUGCGGGUCACUUCCACUGCUGGGCUUUAUCGCCAGCUUCUCCGUGCCGUCUUUCUUCGGGAUUUGGUUUUUCUUUUCUUUUUGGACUUGAAGGGAACAGUUUUCCAGUAUGGCCAGGGUGUGAGAAACACGCCAAAAAGCACAAAGGUGUCCUUUAACUCUGCUCUUUCUUUCUCUCCCCUCUCCCCUUUUAAUCCUGCCAGCCUGUGUGAUUUGACUUCUUCCCGCUUCCGUUUAUCUCAAAGUAAAGGAUUACUUUCCUGUGGCGUCUCCUUCCCUUGGAGGUUGCACUGAGGAGUCUUUCACCCUUUUGAAGGAGCGGAAUGGCAGAUUUAAGGAGGGAAAUAGUUCUUACACAAGGAGUAAUUUAUACCUUUUCCACCCCAAAAAUAAAGUGGGUCCAUCUGCUGUAUAAAAAUACUAAUAAUUCCAUUCUGGCUGGAUGGGGUUUGCGUCGUCCGGCCAGGGCCACCGCUUUGCUUUGCCGCUUGCAAUGUUCUGAGUUUCUCUCCCUGCCGCGUUGCCCGCAGCGUCCAGCGCCCACCAGGACUUUGCCAUCCCGUUCUUCAAACGCAAGCCUGCUGCUGACGGGACGGCGCUGAGCCGGCCAGCACGCGGUCCACCGACUGCCACUGGAAAGCCACAGUCUCCCGCUGCUCUACAAAGCCCAGACCUGUUCAGGAAUGGAGUGGUGAAGGAGAAAGGGGAAGCGAUGUGAUGUCCGAGGUCUGUAGGGUGAGCUAGGGAAGUCCCGAUGAGCCUCUUGAGGCUCGGGAAGCGCUUCGGUCCCAUCUCAUCCUCUCCAGAAAAAGACUAGUGGAAGUUAGGGAGCAGUUUGUCUUGUGGGCCAAGCCGUUUGUGUCACGCUGCCUGCCUCCAGCGCUUCUGCUCGUCAGGAAAAGCUGGAAAAUGCAGGAGAAUCAAAGGCUCUUGUCCAGAAAACUCUGUCCUCCUGCUCGCUGGGGUCUUGCACUGGGCCAGCGUGGGAUUCCUUAAGCGGUGGCUGGUGUCAGCGUCCACCCUCGGGCCUCACUUCAGCUCCGAUCCCCACAAACCUCCCAUGGCUUUGGAUUUCA